GACGAUGACGUGGCAGUGCUCAACGGGAGGAACUUCGAGACGGUGGCCGGUAGGGCGCCGCACAUGCUGGUGGAGUUCUAUGCUCCAUGGUGCGGGCACUGCCAGAAGUUCGAGCCCAUCUACCAGAAGGUCGCCUCCCACAUGCGCAUGGAGAAGAUCAACGUGAUGCUGGCCAAGGUGAACGCGAUCGAGGAGCCGACACUCUCGCAGUCGAUGGGGGUGAUGGGAUUUCCCUCGCUCUACUGGUACGCGUAUGGGAGGAUGCGGAGCUACGAGGGCGGCAAGCGCAACAGCUCGAUGGUGGAGUGGAUCUCCUUCCAUGCUCGUCGAGACGCGGUCCACGUGGUGCAUAGCAACCGGGAGGCAGAGGACCUGCUCGAGGCCAUGGGAGCGGAGGAGGCAGUCAUCGGCCGCUUCCUCCACCACCACUCGGUGGAGGCGAUGGCGUUCAUGAUAGCGGCGGAGGAGGACGACACCUCCUACCCGAACAGCAGCAUGCCCUACGUCAUGGUCCUUGAAGCCCGCGGGCUCGGUCCCCCCAAGUGGCAUCAGCUGCCCCCCGAGCGGCGGUACGCGCUGUUUGACGCGGACCGGAUCAAGUCCUUCGUGGCGACUUACCGGAUGCCUCGGGUGGUGGAGCUGACGGGGAAGGUGUGGAGGAGGGUGCUGCAGUCGCCAGUCAGGAACCAGACCCUCCUCUUCUCCGACCCCUUCUCCCCCGGCCACGAGCAGCGCAUGGCGGCGUUCGCAGCUGUGGCGGAGGAAUGGUUCGGGAAAGUUCUCUUCCUGCAGAUCAGCAGCAACUUCACCAGCGUCCUCAAGUACUUCGGGCUCACGGCGAGCGACUUCCCUGCCGUCGUGGUGGCGGUGGCGGGGCACGAGGAGACGGACAAGGGAGAAAUGUACCGCCUGGAUCAGAGCCGCCCUCAGUUCAACCUUACCACACUGCCCAAGGGCAACUUGGAGGAGGAUGUGAUCUAUCCCGACGAUCCCGUGAGGAAGCUGACGGGGGAGGAGCUCGAGCAGGUGGUCAUGGACCCGGACAAGGACGUGCUUGUCAAGUUCUUCGCCCCUUGGUGCGGCCACUGUCAGGCCAUGCGGACGGCCUACAUGGAAGUGAGCGAUGCGUUCGAGGAGCACCCGGACCUCGUCAUCGCCGAGUUUGACGCCACCGCCCACAAGCUGCCGGCGGGGCUGAGCAUCGAGGGCUACCCGACGCUCAGGAUGUGGCCGGCCGAGCGAGGGAACAGCACGAGGAACAAGCUGAGCCCCCUCGACUACCAGGGGCCGAGGACGACGGCCGACAUCUCCGCCUUCGUUCGCCGCCACUCGGUCCGCCUCAAG